AUGGAAAGACCUCAUAAAGCCCAUCAUAAGCCUUCGGCAGGCUCCAAGGCCGCGAAGAAGGAUGCUGCGAAGGAUAUCGACCGUACAGGCGGCAAAAAUUUCAAUCCCAAGGCCUUCACGUCCUCUUCCUUUCGAUCUGCAGAGCGUGCUGCUCGACGCACAGCCGAUAAAGAUCAAAAACGUCUCCAUGUCCCGCUCGUCAAUCGUAAUCCUGAAGAACGAAAGGUCACCAUUGAGAAGGGUAAAGGCAUGGACGAAGGAAGAUUACCCCCUCCACCUAUCAUCGUCGGUAUCGUCGGACCUCCAGGUGUUGGAAAGUCGACUCUUCUGCGCAGUCUCGUCAGGCGGUAUACCAAGCAUAAUCUGCAAGAACCCAAUGGACCUAUCACGGUGGUUUCGGGUAAGACGAGACGGAUCACCUUUGUCGAGUGUGGAAACGAUCUGAACAGCAUGAUUGAUCUGGGGAAAGUCGUCGACCUAGAAACAUUCGAAUUCCUCAAUAUCUUGCAAUCUCACGGGUUCCCCAAAGUGCUUGGUCUUUUGACCCAUUUGGAUCUGAUCAAAAAGGCUCAAACGCUCAAAGACACCAAGAAGCGCUUAAAGCACCGAUUCUGGACCGAAAUUUACCAAGGUGCAAAGCUUUUUUCCCUCUCUGGAGUCCUCAACGGCCGAUACCCUGAUACCGAAAUCAACUUGCUCUCUCGCUUCAUCAGCGUGAUGAAAUUCCGACCGCUCGUCUUUCGAAAUGCUCAUCCACAUCUUCUCGUCGACCGAUUGCAGGACCUCACACCGCGGGAACAGCUCAGAGAAAACCCCAAGAUGGACCGGACAAUCACCCUUUACGGUUACAUGAGAGGACCGAACCUGCCCGCGAGAAACGCCAAGGUGCAUAUCCCCGGUGCAGGGGACCUGGAAGUGAGAGAGGCGGAGAUGUUGGCGGAUCCCUGUCCUCUGCCAACGUUGGAGAGUGAACGACGCCGAAAGAUGGGGGAAAAGGCAAAAUUGAUCCACGCUCCGAUGAGCGAUGUCGGUGGCGUCAUGUACGACAAGGACGCGGUAUACAUCAAUGUCCCAGGUAGCUUCACCCGAGGGAGUGAUGCAUUGCAAGGGGAAGGCGAACGAAUGGUCAUGGACUUACAAGACGCCUCCAAGACGUUUGGAGAGGGUAUUCAGAAUUCAGAGAUCAGACUCCUUGGAACAUCGACAGCACCGCUGCAGCUGCAGAGGACGAGGCGGAGAGCGGAGCCAAGAAAUGGCGGACCGAUAUUGGGCACCGCGAGCGAUGACGAGGACGACGAUCAGUUCACCGACGAGGAGGUCUAUAGUGCGGAGGGAGUUCCGAUGAACGAUGAAAGCGAGGAGGAAGGUGGCGACGCCGACUUUGCAGGCUCCGACUCGGACAAUGAUCUCGCCCAUGUGACCUCUUUUGUACAAGAUGGACCUCGCUUGGACCUGCCAGAUGAUGGGAUUCUUUCAGAGGACGAUGCACCCAAAUGGAAGGCUGAUCUGUCCCAAAAGGCGUCGGCACAGUUGGCCGAUCGUUUAGGACGACGACGCGAUCUCGCAUCGCUCAUUUAUGGAUCCGAUCUCAGUCCAGAGGAGAUUGCAGCGGGCAAGACGAGAUCCAGUGCCGAUGAUGCCGAGUCAUCUCGUAUGGCUCGCGAGGACGACGAGUUUUUCCAAGUCAAGACUCCGGCCCGAGUGUCGACUCAAGCGGACGAAGAUUUUGAUGUCGAGGACGAUUUUGACGCUCUUGAGGCGACGUGGACCGACCCCGCAAUGCUGGAGUCGAUCCGAUCCAUGUUUAUCACGGGUCCUUCGGACAAUGUUGACGCGGAAGGCGAUGCAUAUGAAGAGGAAGGAAGUGAUUUUGAGGAUCUUGAAGGGGCCGAAGGGGAAGAUGGUGACGUGCCCUAUAUUGGCGUCCAGCCGAGCAAAGAAGUGGAUCACGCGACAGCGCGAGCGGAUGCGUUGGAGCGGAAAAAGAAGGCGCUCGAAGCCAAGUUUGAUACAGAGUAUGACGAGUCGGACGAGGAAAACAAGAUCGACUUUUACGAUGCUCAAAAGGCGGAGAUGGCCAGACAAAGGGCUCUCAACGAAGAAGAAUUCGCGGGCAUGAGCAAUGAAGCUCGAGCUUUGAUCGAAGGACAUCGAGCUGGCGCGUAUGUACGCUUGGAGAUUGACAACGUCCCUUGCGAACUGGUCGAACAUUUUAAUCCUCGCUACCCUAUCAUUGUUGGGGGCCUAUUGAAUGCGGAAGAGCGAUUUGGCUACGUGACUAUCCGAAUCAAACGACAUCGAUGGUUCACGCGCACCCUCAAGACGAAUGAUCCGCUCAUCUUCUCCAUCGGUUGGCGAAGGUUUCAAUCUUUACCAGUGUAUCAUUUGGACGAUCAUUCCAUUCGGAACAGGAUGCUCAAGUACACACCGGAGCAUAUGCACUGUUACGCAACGUUUUACGGCCCAGUCUCUGCCCCGAACACUGGUUUGUGCGCCUUCAACAACUUGACGGGCGAAAAUCCGGGCUUCAGGAUCAGCGCAAACGGGGUCGUCCUGGACAUUGACCGAUCGACAAAAAUCGUCAAAAAGCUCAAGUUGACCGGUAUCCCAUACAAGAUUUUCAAAAACACCGCCUUUAUCAAAGACAUGUUCAACUCUGCUCUCGAAGUGGCCAAAUUUGAGGGAGCCAAUAUUCGGACUGUAUCUGGUAUCCGUGGUCAGAUCAAGAAGGCACUGUCGAAACCUGAUGGGGCGUACAGAGCAACAUUUGAAGACAAGAUCCUGAUGAGCGACAUUGUCUUUCUGCGUGCUUGGUAUGCCAUCGAGCCGAAACAGCUUUACAACCCUGUCACUUCGCUCUUGUCGGCGGACAAGGACAACUGGAAGGGGAUGCGAUUGACCGGUCAGAUCAGACGUGACGAGGGGAUCGACACGCCUCUUGACGCAAACUCCAAAUAUAGGGCCGUCGAACGCUCCACGCGCCGAUUCAACCCGCUCAAAGUUCCCCGCAAACUCGAAGCAUCCCUGCCCUAUGCGUCGAAGACCAAGGCUCUGUCAAAGCAGACCAAGCCGACGUACAUGCAAUCCCGAGCAGUCGUCUUGGACUCGGAGGAGAAGAAGGCUGUAGCUCUCUUGCAACAGAUCCAAGCUUUGAGAAAGGACAAAGUCGCCAGACGAUCUGACAAGAAGGAAGAGAAGAGGAAAGAGCACCGCAAAGAAAUGGCCAAGAUUGAAGUCCAGAGAGGUGACAAGUUUAGAGCGGAGAGGAAGGAAAAGAUGCGAAAAGAGGGGAUGAAGCGCAAGGCGCAAGAGGCAGCGGCGGAGAACGGGGGAGGCAAGAGGAGAAAGUGA